AUGACUGUGAAUCCUCCACUGCGACUCCUCUUGAUUGUAGACUUAAUUGAUUCGUUCAUGUUCUUGUCUCUCCCCUCCACCAAGGGAAAGAAGAGCUUGCAAUGCUUUUGCUUCAUUACAAGGUCAAGUUGGAUCCUACCUGAUGAGGUACCUGUUCCUGCACUAAAGGAACAGAUUGCUUCUGUUACUAUUACUGGUGUAUUAUCUGAACAGCAACGUUUAAUAUGUCGUGGCAAAUUUUUGAAAGAUGAUCAACUCAUUUCGGCUUAUCAUGUGGAAGAUGGUGAAUGUUUUGUUUUAGAUAUUUAGGGGGCUUGCGUACAUGCAUACGGUUGCAGGAGUAUGCCAUCGAGACUUGAAGCCUCAAAAUGUUCUAUUCUGUGAGCUUGUCUUGUGAAAGUUCUCUUUUUGGUUUUUAUUUGAUUUGAUGUUUUAGGGUUAAUUUUGUUAUGUUUUUUAGGUUGACUAAUAUAGUAUGUUCUAAAUCCCCUUCAAUUCACUUUUGAAAUGUUAAAAUUACCAUUAUGCCCUUUAGUUCACUUCUAUUAUUUUGAAAGCCACCUGCAUCCUACAAUAGGGGUAAGGUUUCUAAAAAUAGCAUCUUCA